UCAAGCGGCUGGCAAAGUGUCAUAACUGCUUCUCAUUCGUCAAAGAUGUCUUGGUCUUUACCGUCAGAUAGUAGGAUGUAUGUCUGGGGCAAGAUUGAGGGGGGAAAUGUUCUGUCCUUAAUGCUUGCUUUAAAGAGUGGUUUUUUUGCAGGUUUUUCCCCAAGAUUCAAUAAGGUUAGAUUUCAAGUCUUUGACUAGGUAAGUGUUGUCCAAUUUGUCUAUAUAUUUGCAAUACUUUUGCCAUAUUUGUGGUUUUUAAUUACACUUUCUAUUCUAUGAGGCACUUUUGUUUUUCUCUUGCGUACUUAAUGCAUAUAGUGGUGUGGAGGCCAAGAUGUCAUCGAAGAUGCCAAGCUCUAACAACAUAGCCCAGGCCAGGAGGACAGUACAGCAGCUGAGGAUAGAGGCCAGUAUUGAGAGGAUAAAGGUAUGGCAUGCUGAAAGUUAAACUGAGUAGAAAGCAGUGUUGAGUAACAAUAAAGUACAUUUUCUGGUCCAUACCGAAAUGUCUCCCAAAAUGCACACCAACUUGCAGCUAAGGAUGAUCUGUUGUCAGUGAGUGUCUGCGCGUGCUAGUGGGUGUGCGUGUGUGUAGGUGUGUAGGUGUGUUGAUGGAGUGAGUCUGUGUCAGCAGAAACCCUCCCAUUCACACACUCAUAUCUCUCUGUCCUGUAGGUAUCCAAGGCCUCGGCGGACCUCAUGCACUACUGUGGCGAACACGCCAAAUACGACCCUCUGCUCAUGGGCAUCCCUGCCUCAGAGAACCCCUUCAAGGACAAAAAGCCCUGCACUAUAUUGUAGUGAACGCCUUUCUAUUUAUCUGUUUGCUUCUUAAUGUUGCCUGUAUUUUAUUAUCUGGGGAGAAUUGUGAUCUAAAACCAUUACUCAUCCAUCAAUCUUACCUUAAAGCCUGUAACGUUACCCUUUAAUGAAAACGCUGUAUUUUAUCACUCAAUUUGAACUUGCCAUGACAUACAGUAAACAGUUUGAAUAUACGUUGGGAACGUGACUGUUAGUGUCUGUCUGAUUUAGCUCAGUGGAUGUAGCCGUGGUUUCCGUUCAUCCCUUUAACAAGUCUGUUAUAUGUUUGUCUUAAAUCGUAUCUGCUGUCAUGUGUGUUACAAUGACCGAAUUUAAUGUAUUUCAGGCUUUGGAGUCAUGGUUGGGACAUGUGACUGUAUUAUCUUCUCCCCAUUGACUCAUGCUG